UUGCUAUGCCUGACCUCCAUUUUGGAUUUGUUAAAAUCCUUCAGUGAGCUGCCAACACAUCACACACCACCAUCCGCCUUUAUCGCACCUGCCAUAUACGCCAUCACAUUUGGAAUGUCAUCGUUUCUGAUCACGUACGAGUUUAAGAAAGGAGAAGUGUCCUCAGCCAUGUUGUUCAUCUUCUGGUCCAUACUUCUCCUACUAGGGGGUGUGUCACUAAGAUCUAAAAUAAUACAGGUGCAAACUCAGGAUCAUCAGGAUAUAUUCCGGGUGGUGACCUUCUGCUUUCGUUACACCUUUGUCAUACUAGAGUUCAUAUUACACCUGUGGGCGGAUGCUAAAGCGCUUCCGAAAGAUACACCUGAGCGGAGAAAGUUGUCUAAGGAUGUGUCUUUUUUAACAGAAGCCGUCGCCUCAUCAGAAAGUCAUGCUGUCAGGAAAAUGACUCCAGAGAGAAGUGCCUCCUUUUUAUCCAGAAUUUCAUACUUUUGGAUGACGAAACUUGUAAUCAAAGGGUACAAACAGACUUUGGAAUUUGCUGAUAUGUACCGACUGCUCCCAGAAGACUCUUGUGGCGUCAUUCUACCUAAGUUUUUGAGAGAAUGGAGAAAGGAAAAUGAGAGGUUGAGGCCAACUGCAGUUCGUUUUAAUACAAGUCACAAGUACGUAGGCAUUCCCAGUGAUUGUCCAAGCAAUCAUCCUGAUGACAGCCAAAUCCAUUCUGCCCAGAUGACCCGAACAGACAAUGUCGUAAUUGAGUCAGCGAAUCCACCCGUCCUUGGAAAACCUCGCUUAUUGAGGGCUCUAGUGCGCACUUUUGGGCCUUAUUACGCACUUGGCGGGCUAUUGAGACUAUCCCUUGAUGCUGUCACAUUCGUCAACCCUAUUUUGUUAAGUCUGAUGAUUACUUUCGUAGAGAGUGGUGACCCGCUCACAUGGCGCGGGUACCUGCUGGCCUUGGUUAUGUUCCUCUUCAGCAUGCUUCAUUCCAUCCUCUAUGAGAGAUACUACAGCGUGUGCUACAGAGUUGGAUUGAGGAUACGCACAGCCAUUAUAGCAACUGUCUAUAGGAAGUCACUGAAGUUAACCAGCGCUGCUAGGAAGAAGUCGACGGUCGGAGAAAUUGUCAAUUUAAUGUCGGGGGACGCGCAGAAGAUGCAGGACUGUUUCCUUUUCUUUCACCUUACUUGGUCGUCCACUUUGUCCAUCAUCGUGGCACUGGUGCUGCUUUGGCAAUAUUUAGGUCCUUCCACUCUGGCUGGUAUCGCAGUUAUCGUACUUAUUCUGCCGGCCAACGCCUACGCUGGAUCACAAAUGAAAAAGCAACAAGCUCGCCGAAUGGCACAGAAAGGCCAAAGAUUGAAAGUUACCAAUGAAAUACUCAAUGCUAUGAAGGUCUUGAAAUUGUUCGCUUGGGAGGAGCCAUUUCUGAACAAAGUGACCGAAAUACGUGACUCGGAACUUGCUUCACUAAGAAACUUCUUAUUUGCUUAUGCUUUCACUUGUACCAUUUGGUUUCUUACGCCGCUGGUGAUGACCCUGGCAAGUUUUGCUGCCUAUGUGCUCUCAGAUCCCAGCAAUGUUCUUGAUGCCAACACGGCUUUUGUGUGUUUAUCGUUAUUCACAAUCGUCAAGAUGUACGUGACCGGCGUCCCCAUAUCCAUAAGCGCCUUGAUACAGGGUAGAGUUUCUCUGGAGAGACUUACUAGAUUCCUCGUAGAAGAAGAACUGGAUACAGACAUGGUCGAUAGAACCAAGUCAACUAAUGGCACUGUAUCUGUGCAAGAUGGCAAUUUUACCUGGAACAGAGACGAGCUGGCGACUCUAAAGCAUUUGAAUUUUGAAAUCCCCCCUGGCUCUCUGGUGGCUGUGGUAGGACAGGUUGGAAGUGGGAAGUCAUCCCUACUCAAUGCUCUGCUAGGAGACAUGGAGUGUUUAUCUGGGAACAUUAAUGUGACGGGUUCCGUGGCCUAUGUCCCACAGCAAGCAUGGAUACAAAACAAAACUGCCAAAGAAAAUAUCCUCUUUGGAAAACAGUGGAACCAAUCCUUAUACAGGAAGUGUCUUUCCACAUGCGCCUUGGAGCAGGAUUUAAAGAUUCUCCCAGUUGGAGAUGAAACAGAGAUUGGCGAAAAGGGCGUAAACUUAAGCGGUGGUCAGAAGCAGCGAGUGAGUUUGGCCAGAGCAGUGUACCAGGAUUGUGACGUGUACCUCAUGGACGACCCUCUUAGCGCAGUCGACAGCCAUGUUGGGAAACACAUCUUUGAUCACGUGAUUGGGCCGGAAGGGAUACUGAAAGACAAAACGAGAGUUCUGACCACAAACGGCAUCAGCUUCUUGCCAAAGAUGGAUGCCAUCAUAGUUUUGACCAAGGGAGCAAUAUCAGAGAUAGGCACUUACCAAGAACUGUUGGACAACAAUGGGGCUUUUGCUGAAUUCAUGAAAACCUAUUUGAACGAAAAAGAGGCUGAGAGCGAGAGUGACGAGGAAGAAGAGGGUUUGAAAAUUCACCUUGGGGAACAGAUACAGAUAUCGAAAAGCGGGGGUGAAGAGGCAAAUCUUUCAAGAAAGCUGAAAAGUGGAAGAUCCAGCAAGCAGCCUUCGUCGGAAGAAACAUCAGUACAGGACGUGAAGAAAACGGGAGGACAGUUGAUGGAGGCGGAGAAUGCUGAAAGCGGAACAGUAAAAUACACUCACAUGUUGAGUUAUGUUCGUGCCAGCGGGUUCAGGGGGAUCGUCAUGGUGACGGGCGGCUUUAUCUGCUCCGUGCUUUUCCUGAUUGGUGGUAAUAUCUGGCUGAACUUGUGGAGCAAUGACCAAGUCGUUAACGGCACCCAACAACUUACUGAUCUCAGGCUAGGUGUAUAUGGAGGACUAGGGGCGGGGCAGGUGGCAUUUAUCGUCAUUCAGCAACUUGGGAUUACUCUGGGGUGCGUAGAGGCUUCUCGCACAAUACUCAAUGGCUGCCUUGGGAGAAUCAUGCGGGCCCCCAUGAGUUUCUUUGACACGACACCAUUAGGUCGCAUUGUAAAUCGUUUUUCUAAGGAUAUGGAAACCAUAGACUUCGGCCUUCCGUUUACCAUCGAGACCUUAUUGGCAACAAGUGCCCAGGUUAUUGCAGUGAUAUUCAUAGUCAUUUACAGCACCCCCAUCGCUGUUGUUGCCCUAUUGCCAUUAUGCGUCAUCUACUUUCUUACACAGAAAUUAUAUUUGCCGUCUGCCAGGCAGUUGAUACGGAUUGAUGCUACAAAGAGAUCCCCUAUAUAUUCCCAUUUCGGUGAGACCCUGGCAGGCGUUAGUUCCAUCCGAGCUUAUCAACAGCAAAAAAGGUUCGUGCAGCUCACCGACAAAAUGAUAGACGACAAUCAGAUGGCCUGGUACGGAUAUAUUAUGUCAAUUCGUUGGUGCAGCAUUCUGUUAGAAACAUACGGGUCUCUCGUUGUGCUGUUUGCCGCCAUAUUUGCUGUCCUGGCAACCGAGUCUGGAAGCAUCACGGGAGGUGACGCUGGGAUGUCCAUCUCUAUAUCCCUUAAUACGAGAGUUCUGACCACAAACGGCAUCAGCUUCUUGCCAAAGAUGGAUGCCAUCAUAGUUUUGACCAAGGGAGCAAUAUCAGAGAUAGGCACUUACCAAGAACUGUUGGACAACAAUGGGGCUUUUGCUGAAUUCAUGAAAACCUAUUUGAACGAAAAAGAAGCUGAGAGCGAGAGUGACGAGGAAGAAGAGGGUUUGAAAACUCACCUUGGGGAACAGAUACAGAUAUCAAAAAGCGGGGGUGAAGAGGCAAAUCUUUCAAGAAAGCUGAAAAGUGGAAGAUCCAGCAAGCAGCCUUCGUCGGAAGAAACAUCAGUACAGGACGUGAAGAAAAAGGGCGGACGGUUGAUGGAGGCGGAGAAUGCUGAAAGCGGAACAGUAAAAUACACUCACAUGUUGAGUUAUGUUCGUGCCAGUGGAUUCAGGGGGAUCGUCAUGGUGACGGGCGGCUUUAUCUGCUCCGUGCUUUUCCUGAUUGGUGGUAAUAUCUGGCUGAACUUGUGGAGCAAUGACCAAGUCGUUAACGGCACCCAACAACUUACUGAUCUCAGGCUGGGUGUAUAUGGGGGACUAGGGGCGGGGCAGGUGGCAUUUAUCGUCAUUCAACAACUUGGGAUUACUCUGGGGUGCGUAGAGGCUUCUCGCACAAUACUCAAUGGCUGCCUUGGGAGAAUUAUGCGGGCCCCCAUGAGUUUCUUUGACACGACACCAUUAGGUCGCAUCGUAAAUCGUUUUUCUAAGGACAUGGAAACCAUAGACUUCGGCCUUCCGUUUACCAUCGAGACCUUAUUGGCAACAAGUGCCCAGGUUAUUGCAGUGAUAUUCAUAGUCAUUUACAGCACCCCCAUCGCUGUUGUUGCCCUAUUGCCAUUAUGCGUCAUCUACUUUCUUACACAGAAAUUAUAUUUGCCGUCUGCCAGGCAGUUGAUACGGAUUGAUGCUACAAAGAGAUCCCCUAUAUAUUCCCAUUUCGGUGAGACCCUGGCAGGCGUUAGUUCCAUCCGAGCUUAUCAACAGCAAAAAAGGUUCGUGCAGCUCACCGACAAAAUGAUAGACGACAAUCAGAUGGCCUGGUACGGAUAUAUUAUGUCAAUUCGUUGGUGCAGCAUUCUGUUAGAAACAUACGGGUCUCUCGUUGUGCUGUUUGCCGCCAUAUUUGCUGUCCUGGCAACCGAGUCUGGAAGCAUCACGGGAGGUGACGCUGGGAUGUCCAUCUCUAUAUCCCUUAAUGUGAUACAGAUGUUAAAUUUCAUGGCGAGGACAUGCUGUAACUUUGAAACCCAGGCAAUUGCCUUAGAAAGGAUAAAAGAAUAUUCAGCAGUGGGAAUUGAGGCCCCAUGGAGCGUCGAUGACCAUCGUCCACCCCCAGAGUGGCCACAGAAAGGCGAGGUCAAGUUUGACCAGUACAGUGUUCGUUACCGGCCUGGACUGGACCUUGUGCUUAAAAAGGUCACAUUCCAAGUUGAGCCUGGAGAGAAGGUUGGCAUCGUUGGUCGCACAGGUGCGGGGAAAUCUUCAAUUGCUUUGGCUCUGUUCAGAAUAAUAGAAUCAGCAGCAGGCAGCAUCACGAUAGAUGGCAUUAACAUCGCUGACAUUGGAUUGCAUCAAUUACGGUCUAAAGUCACAAUUAUACCACAGGAACCUGAACUAUUCUCUGGGACCUUGAGAACAAACUUAGACCCAUUUGGUUUAUACUCUGAUCAGGAUGUAUGGAACGCACUUGAGCAUGCGCACUUGAAAGAUUUUGUGGCCACUCUGCCUGCAAGACUUGAGCAUGAAAUAUCAGAAGCCGGAGAAAAUUUGAGUGUAGGACAACGGCAGUUAGUGUGUCUAGCAAGGGCCAUUCUUCGGAAGACUAAGAUUCUUGUUUUAGAUGAAGCAACUGCGGCUGUUGACAUGGAGACCGAUGACCUUAUCCAAUCCUCUAUCAGGUCAGAGUUCAAAGAGUGCACCGUGAUAACUAUUGCUCACAGACUGAAUACAAUUUUGGACAGUGACAGGGUCCUAGUACUAGACAAGGGCACCAUUAAGGAAUUCCAACCACCCAGUGUGUUACUUCAGGACAAGAGGAGCAUGUUCUACGGAUUGGCAAAGGACGCGGAACUGGUUUAAAACGGACAUUAGUGUACUUG